CCCAGUGUGCCUGCUGGGCUGUGCCCAGGUUCGUCACCAUGCCUGUCACUGGGUGAAGCUGAAGGCAGCAAUGGAGCCACUGCAGCAGAAGCAACAGCAACAACAGCAGCAAAAGCAACUGAACCUGGCUUCUUUGCAGAUGGAUGCGCGGGAGAAGCAGGGACAACAGAUGAGAGAUACCCAGUUCUUAUAUGCCCAGAAGUUGGUCACCCAGCCAACUCUCCUCUCUGCCACACCCGGAAGGCCUUCUGCCAGCCCUGCCUUGGGUUCUUUAGCCAGAGUCCCACCAGCCACUGCAGCUCCCCGAGUGUUUGAACGAGGCAGCAUGAACUCAGAGCCUGAGGAGGAGGAGGGAGACUUAGAAGAUGAGGACGGGGAUGAUGAAGAUAUAGAGAUGGUUGAGCAAGAGGAACAGGCUGCAUCAAAAUAUUUCCAUGUGCAGAAGACAGCACACAAGGACCUGAGAGCAGCACCCAUGUCCAGUCUCCUUCCAGGACCAGAGCUCCCAUCCCAUGGACCAAAAACUAAAGAAGACCAUACCAAAGAUACUUCCAAGGCCCCACCUGCAGGCUCCGUGCCUGGGCAGCCGAGCUGGAAUCUGGAUGAGCAACAGAAGCAGAAUGGUGCUUUGACCUGGAGUGAUGAUGCAGAUGGAAGCCGAGGAAGAGAGAUCUCCCGAGAUUUUGCCAAGCUGUAUGAACUGGAUGAUGAUCCUGAAAGGAAAGAGUUCCUCGAUGAUCUCUUCAUCUUUAUGCAGAAGAGGGGGACCCCCAUCAACCGAAUACCCAUCAUGGCCAAGCAGAUUCUGGACCUGUACAUGCUGUACAAGCUGGUGACAGAGAAGGGGGGCCUGGUGGAGAUCAUCAAUAAGAAGAUCUGGAGGGAGAUCACCAAAGGCCUGAACCUGCCCACGUCCAUUACCAGCGCAGCCUUCACCCUCAGGACGCAGUACAUGAAGUAUCUCUACGCCUAUGAAUGUGAGAAAAAAGCCUUGAGCUCCCCGGCCGAGCUGCAGGCAGCCAUUGACGGCAAUCGGAGGGAAGGCCGCAGGCCCAGCUACAGCUCCUCCCUCUUCGGCUACCCAUCCACCGCUGCUUCUACUGCAGCCACUGGGGCGCCUGCCCUCCUCUCCCCACCCAAGAUCCGCUUCCCCAUCCUCGGCCUUGGUGCCAGCAGUGGCAGCAGUGCCAGUAACCCUCGGAUACCCCCACCAGCCACUCUCAGGAAAGGUGAUGGAAUCCCACUGACAACAGUGCCUGUACCAAAUCGCUUGGCCGUGCCUGUGACCUUGGCAAGCCAGCAGGCCAGUACCCGGACGGCCACACUGGAGCAGCUGCGGGAGCGGCUCGAGGCAGGGGAGCCUCCUGAGAAGAAGGGAUCGAGGCUGUCAGAAGAGGAGCAGCGCCUGGUGCAGCAGACUUUCCAGCGUAACUUUUUCAACAUGGCGAGGCAGCUCCCUAUGAAGAUCCGGAUCAACGGCAGAGAAGACAGAUCAGAGGCCUCAGCUGCAGCCCUGAACUUGACCACAAGCAGCAUUGGGAGCAUCAACAUGUCUGUGGACAUUGACGGCACCACCUACACAGGUGUGCUCUUUGCCCAGAAACCUGUGGUCCAUCUCAUCGCGGGAUCUGCCCCCCAGAGCAUCGGCAGCAGCGCCAGCAGCAGCAGUAGUUCUCACUGCUCACCCAGUCCUACCUCAUCCCGGGGCACCCCCAGCGCAGAGCCCUCCACCAGCUGGUCCCUCUGA